CGUAUCUUGCCUCGUAAUUGAGCUUCUCAGGUUGCGUUUCAAGCUUUUUAAAGAAAAUAAAGCAUUUCCUAUAACUGCAGCGGUUCAUUUGAAUCAUCUUCAAGUUCAAUAUUAUGGACAACGUCAACUUCCAAGCUGCUCAAAAAAAGCUUCAAGACUCCAUCAUCAAGGAAGGGGUUGAAACCGGGAAUAUUACGAUGAUCAAAGUUGUGGGGUCUUCUGGAGGAAUAGUCUCGUUCAAGAUAAAUAAGCAUACACCAAUGAGUCGCGUUCUAGAUGCGUAUGCCAAAGAAACCGGGCAAGAACGUCAUACUAUUCGACCGACCUUCUUCCCUCAAUCAGAUGUUGAAAAGCCUUCUCAAUGCGAGUCAUCGCCUAACUCUACUACUACUCCCUCAAUGGACUCACCACGAUCUCGUAACCAUUCUCCGAGUUCAUUGAACCUCAAACGUGAAGAGGAGAAAGAGAAACGAGCAGCUGAAGAACAAAAAGAGGCAGAGGGAAGGGCUCGCAAACUGGCCCAAGAAAAAGCUCGCACAGUGGCAGCAAAGCAGGCUCAGAGGGAAAAAGAAGAGAAAGCUCGAAAACCCGCAGUGGAGGAGGCUCAAAGGGAAGUUAAAAAGUCUAAGCGUUGCAUGUUGGAGGAGCGGAAGAGAGUAGAGGAACAACUCCUUGAGGAAGAGGAAACAGAAAAACAGCAGGAUGACGAGAGAAAGAAGAACGAGGCUCAGGAUUUGGAACGCGGGAGACAAGCUUCGUCGAUCUGGGGUACCUUGGUAAGCUGCUAUUUUGUUCUUCAAAUCUUCUUCUUGAGGGAGCAUAAAUCAUGCAUGAUGAAAAUGACGAGUCCGUAAUCACUGAUCAAAUCUUCCGCUAAUGGGCUGUCUCUCUCGAUGUUAUGAGCCACUGUCUCAAUGUAUGAAAUGGUACCAAAACUUGGAAAUGUCAUUGGUUCUUGCAGUUAACGUUGUGGUGUGAAGCGUAACGCACGCGCACGGACCAAUCAUGAAGG